AUGAAACUUUAUCUGCACAUUCUCAAUGUUGUCGUAGCAACGCUAGUAUUAACACAAUCAGUGAAAGGAGUAGUAACAUUUACUGAUAUUACGAUUUUCUCAAUUUUAAAAACUAUGCCGAAUCCUGAUCCAAUCGAACACCAGAUACAGACUAAUUCUAUUUGGAGUUGGUCUCAACUAGUGCCUAUGGAGAACAUAAUUUUAUUUGUUGACAAUGCAACAUCGUGUUCUUUCCUUAAGACUGAAUAUCCAAACGUAACUUGUCACAAUUUUGCCUCACUCAAGUGUUGGCAUUCAACUUACAACCGUCCUUACAUCAAUUGUGCUUUUGAUAUAGCUCAACAGCAAAAACAAAAAUCAAUUCUAGUCUUUGUCAAUGGUGAUAUUAUGUUACAUAAUAGCAUGUCUCAUACUAUUUCCUUCGUAAAUGCUACUAUGCAAAAGUUUUUUCUUGUUGGAUGUAGGCGAGACUAUGAAAUAUCACCUUCGUUUAAUUAUUCUAAUUCAGAAAAGACUUUACAAAAUGGUUUGAAUCAUAGUCGAAUUCAUUCAACAACUGGCAUUGAUUUUAUUGCAUUCAAAACAGACACUCCAUUUCGCAUGCCACCGUUUCUUGUUGGUGUUUAUCGAUGGGAUAACUGGCUUUUAAGUGAAAUCUUAUUGAGAACUAACAUAACUGUUAUUGAUGUCACUCAAUCGAUCUUUAUUAUUCAUCAACAGCGAAAAAAACCCGAAGGCGAGAAACCUGAACGUCACGCACUUCGGCGAGGUGCUAUUUACAACGAUGUGCUAGUAAAGAAUACAUCGGGAGAAGAUUAUAAAGUUGGCUUUAUUAACAACGCUAAUCAAAUACUCACCGGAAACUGCGAACAAAGCCAAUGUACAUUCAAAGACAAUUUGGACCGAAGCGAGACUGUUCUACUUAAACAAAGGGCAAAUGCACAAAAGUAUAUAGCGGUACUUACAGUUACCAGUGGAUAUAUGCCACUCGCAUGGAAUUGGAUCUGUUGGACGAAAAGAAUUGGAUUUCGUAACUACAUUUUACUUGCUGAAGAUUUGGAAGCGUACAAAAUACUAAGAGCCGCCAAUGAACCUGUGUUCAUAUCGAAAGAGCAGUCGUUGAAUACUUCUUCAAAGUCAGAAGCUAAAUAUGGUUCAUACGAUUUCCAGAUUACUAUGAUGUAUCGUCUUGAAUUCCUCAUGCGUGUGCUUCGAGCAGGUUUUCACUUUCUCAGUGCAGAUAUGGAUACUCUUUGGCUUUCAAAUCCAUUCAAUUAUAUUUCACAUAACCUAUCGAUUACAAUUCAAGGUCAAACACACAAACAAACAAAAAUGAGCGGAGGUUUUAUUAUUAUCCAUGCCACUUCAAAAGGUCGCAAAUUGUGGCAAGAUGUAAUCAAAUGCCAGAAUCAGAAUCUUGUAGACUUGCGAGAGCAGCAGCAUCUCAAGCGUAAACGUCCAGCGAGCGAUCUCACAGAGCAAGAAUGUAUUAACAAUAGACUUAAUACGACCACAAUUAAUCUGCUUGAUCCAUAUCUUUUUCCUGAUGGACGAUCUUUCUUUGACCUGCACCGACCGCAAAGUCGAGGGAUUGUUCCAGUGGUCAUUCAUGGCAAUUGGCUUGUAGGAUUGGAGGCAAAAAUAAAGCGAUUACAAUCAUGGAAUCUUCUGGCGAGCACAGGUAGCUCAUGUGACCCAUUGGAGAGUGGUAUACCUUAUUCUCUGUCCAAUAGGACUAACCCUGUUCACAUUCGUAUUAGAGUUCUCACAUACAAUCGACUGCAGAGUCUUCAACGACUACUUAAAAGUCUUCAAGCUGCUAAUUACUUGAACGAUUCUGUGACACUAGACAUUUCUGUUGAUCGACCUUCCGCAGGAGCUAGUUCAAGUGAAAAAGAGCAAUGGAAAAAAGUUAUGGACUAUGUUGGGGAUGGUGAGACGCAUGCAUCAAAAUUUAAAUGGUCGCAUGGCCCUCUCUCAAUUAUUGUUCACAAAAAUCAUGUUGGCUUGCUAGGCCAAUGGACAGUAUCUACUGAUCAUCAAGAUAUUCAGUUGUUUCUCGAAGACGACGUUGCAGUUUCACCUCACUUCUAUAUUUUUCUCAAACAAGCUAUCGACUUUUACUACAUAAAUGAGAGCAACUAUGACAGUCGAAUGUUUGGUCUCUCCAUGCAGCAUCAGCACACGGUGCUUGGACAGAGAACGGGCUUCAGCAUUCGAUCGAUUGAUAAAGAAUUGAAUGAGACUGGCGCUCCCACGUUUUUUAAAUAUCAGCUACUUGGAACAUGGGGUGCAGUUUUCUUUCCUGAACAUUGGCACGCCUUCUUAGAAUGGAUCGCGACGAUAAAGACUGAAAACAUAGAGGAAGGAUGUACGCCCGGUGGUCUUCUUUCGACAGAAUGGUGGAUGAGCCGACAUCUCGCUGGAAGAAUGUGGACACACUGGUUUAUUCGAUUUGCUUAUGAACGAGGAUGGUAUUCACUUUACACUAACUUUCCAAAUCGAGAGGCUCUUAUUGUAAACUACCGUGAGAGUGGUCUCAAUUUCAACGUAACUCGAGGACCAAUGAAUCCUAUUGUCGAACAUCUGCAGCCUGAUCUUCAUUUAAAUUUCACAAAAAAUCUUCCUGUAUUCGACUAUCACUUUAGUCUUAUAGAUCAACCAACUCUUCUUUCUAUGAGACACAAUCUUUGGCAUCGACAUUAUUUUGUAAACCAGUGUCGAAUAAUAGAAAAAAACCAUAAAGUCACAGCUAAACUGGUAAAACUAAAAAAGCAACUCUUAGUGAAACCAAAAACCAGAGCAUCGACGUAUAUCAAAGAACAUAAAAACGGGACUCGAACUACCAGAAGCAUUGAAACUUCGCUAUUAGAAGACGUAUCACUAAGACUAUCACCAUCUUCAGAUUGCUUUAAAUGGUUUCUAUUAUUCGAACUAAUUUUCGUUUUCCCUAUCGCUCUUCUUAUUGUUCUUGGAGUUUGCCUGCUUAGUCGAAAAAAACAAGCAUUUCGUAAAAAACAAUUCAAAAGAUAA